GUAUUGACCAUUUUUUUAAAAUAAAUAAGUAUAUAUAUUAUUAGAUCUUCUUUUUUUGUUCAUUCUACUUGUGCGCAUAUUUUCAAGACACUUAAUCGACUUGUACAAAGGUAAUAUAUUUUUUAGCUUGAUAGGUAUACUAGAUGACUUUUGUCUUUGAGGCUCGAUUAAUGCCUUUCGGAAGGAUCACUGAGGAGCUAGCGAGUUCUGCUGCAGACUUCUUUAUAGACUAUGAUAGUGAAUUUAUGAUGGAAUUCAACAAAAUGCCUUUAUGGAACCGCUGCAUGUUAGCUGCUGUGAUUCCUGUGAUUUUACAGAGACACCAAGACCUAUACCAACAGCAACGGGGAUGCCUUAGCGACAAAAAAUCAGUGUCGGAUUCCAUAGAAACAGUUAAAGUUACUCAAAAUGACUUUCAGAUUGCACUAAAAAUAGUCAAUGAUUUGGAUGAACUUGAGGUCGCGGCAGAGCGCAUAAAAAGUAUGUGGGCUGAUAAAGACGAAAAAUAUGAACUAGGUCCUUAUGAUGAAAGUAACUGUACAUUCAACAAUAAUGCGCAUCCAAUGUGUCAGGAUCAUCGUACAGAGGAAGAUACUUAUAUUAAUAGGGUGCUGCGAGAGCAUUUAAGAUCAAAUGACCAGUCUUCAUUUUCGUGUAUUAGUGACAGCAGCAUCCCCCAGAAUAAUAAUGAACACAACUGUCUCUAUGAAGACAACCAAAUACAAGAAAAAGAGGAAGUCGACAUAGCCAUGUGUUUUAAUUUGAAUGGGGUGAGUAUUGGGAUGGGUAGCACCAGACUUUUUGGUGGGCAUGGUUAUCACCUACCGGUGGCGUAAUAGACACUUUAAAUAAAAUAUACUGUAAUGUGAAACCGAGUUUGUGUAUCUGGAUUCGAGGGAUGGGAGCUAAAAUAAUGUGGGCAUAAUACUUUCUUCGAAAGGACACCUUUGGUAAAACACUAACUAUACAACAUUUACUAGAGAUAUUCUUAUUAAUAAAAAUAGGAAGGAAAAGGGGAUAAGUAUUAAUCUUCUCAAUUAGUAA